AUGUCCGGAAACGCAGAAUUCGACCAGGCCGCUAAAGAAUUUGAAACAAUCGUAAAAACGCAUAACGACAAGAUUAGCAAUGAAGAAAAAUUGGAUGCGUAUGGCUUGUACAAACAGGCUAUGAUUGGUGAUAAUGCUACUGCAAAACCAACUAGUAUCUUUAGUCAGGAAGCCAAAGCCAAGAGAAAUAUCCUUAAAAUAUGA